UCGCAUUCCACGCGCCAACUAUGUUGUGACGCAAUAUCCGCUUUAAUAUUUCUUGCUGCGAGUUUGACCCGCCAUUUUGUUACGCUCUACGCUCUGUUGUCUAUAAUUUUCAAUAGAUCGUCUUUAUGGCAAGAUUUUCCGGGAGGCAUAAUUAUGUAUGAAGUGUUUUAAGAUGGAUUCUUGGUCGAAUUUGUGUCGAUGCUGUCUGUCGCCCGAAACAGAUGUGUCACUUUUGAAUGACAACGAAAACUAUAAAGAGCAGUUUUCGGAAAUCACGAGCAUUGAGGUAAAGCAUGACGAUGGAUUACCACAUAACUUGUGUAACAAUUGUUAUUCACUUAUGAUAUCAGCAUAUGAAUUUAGGUCACAGUGUAUAAAAGUAGACAAAGAAUUGAAAAUUCAGCUGGAAACACCUGAAAUUGAUCAAAAACUUAAUAAGAAUUUUUCACAAAUAGAACAUUCAGAAAAAGUAAAAAUAACUUCUGAUAUGACUAUGGAUGACAUCACAAUCAUGAAGGAAAUAGAAAAUUUAAUAAAACAGGAGCCCAGUGACGAUAGUGAUGAUGAUACAUACUAUGUGGUUGUUGUCAAUGAUCCCAAUGAAAACAAAGAUACUGCAGCUUAUAACGAAGAGCCAAUGGAAUCCAACAGUCAGCAGGAUGAGAACUUUGAAGAGCAAGCAACAGAAGUGGUUGACAAAAACAAUUUAGUAGAAUUCCAGAAGAACACUCAUAUCACUCCAUUUGAAAAUCAAAUUAAAUCAUUUCUUGUGUCAAACCCUAAAAUUUCCUUGAACGUACCAGCUACAAUACUGGAAAAUGAAGAGGGUCAAGAUAUGAAUGAUAAUUUAGAUAGCAUUAUUAUGGAUGUUAAUGACGUAAGUCAACCAUCUCAAGAGCAAAAUCUUUUAAUAAACGAAGAAUCAGAUAGUCAAUAUACUAUAACGCCUGACAUGCUUCAUAAUUUGCAGAGUAAAAAUUACCUUAAAAUUCUCACACCUUCUGGUGCUGAAAGGACUAUACUUCUAAAGGGUGAUGAUGGUAUUAAGUACUUGUCAGAUCCUCACAUGAAAAUGGAAGAGGAUUCUGUGCCUGAAGAGGUGAUCUUUUAUGAAGGUGACGAAUCUGAUCUCCAAAUAUUGAAAUGUGAUGCUUCUGAAUUAAUUAUAGAGUAUGCCGAUGACAGUAAUAUUGCGACAGUGAUACAGAGGGACGAUGGUACAUUCCUUUGUGAGUGUGGUGAACAUUUUGAGGACUUGAGCCAGUAUCAGAAUCAUCAAUUGAAACAUAACUCUGAAGAAUAUUUGUGUAAUUUGUGUGGCAAGGGAUUCGAGACAGGUGAGAUUCUUGCUGGGCAUAUGCUAUUGCACAGCACAACAGGAUUCUAUGUUGCAUGUCCAUUCUGUGACCAGGAUGUCAAAAGAAAUACUCUGACUCAACAUAUAAAAUACACUCACAACAGUAAACCACAAUGCAAUUUGUGCCACAAAACAUUUGCAAAUCAAAAUAAUCUCAAACGUCAUAUGAUGAUACACAGCGGUAUUAAAGAAUUUGAAUGUGACAUUUGCCAUAAGAGAUUCCAUCAAAAGAUCACAAUGCAAACACACAGACUGACGCACAUUAAUCCAUUUACAUGCUAUCAAUGUGGUAUCAAAUUUGAUAGUAAACUUUCACUAGCAACACACAAAGGAAGUGAUGAUUGUCACAAAUUGAGGAAAUCAAAGGUUAAAGAAGAAUUGAUGAAGACAGUCAAACAAGAAAUAAUGACUAACGCAGGCAAGCUGUUGGGGUAUGCGUGUUCACUGUGCAAGAAGAUGUUUUCUGUUGAAUCAGCAUUGGACCAACACGUUGAAAGUAAACACCUACAGGACAGCGAUGAUGGUAGUGCAGAAGGGAAAUUUAAAAAGAACUUGAAAAGGUUUGAUUGUAUGAUUUGUGGCAAAGGCUGUGCGAGCCAAGCAAUGUUAAUUAUGCACGAACGUGUCCACACUAAUGAGCGGCCAUUUCCCUGUCAGCUGUGCUCAUUGAGAUUCAAGACUAGAACACAUUUGAGAACACAUCAGUUAACCCACACUAGGGAAAAGAAGUUUGGUUGUUCAGUUUGCAUGAAAUUCUUUGCAUUGAAAGGAAAUCUGGUAGUUCAUUUAAGGACACACACUGGAGAGCGGCCAUACGUUUGUACAAUUUGUGGUGAGGCCUAUAUUGAUUCGAAAUAUCUCAAAAAGCACAAACUAAAGAAGCAUGCAAUAGAAAAUGUACCAUGGAACAAGUAUGAAUGAGUUCAUAAAUGAAUAUUGAUACAAAAUACUUGAUAAAUAAAAACCAUUUUUUUAUUUAUCAAGCAUUUUAGCAAUAGCUCUUUAUUAUAAUAUAAUUAAUAAUUAAGACUGAGAAGGUGUUUUUUUUGUUAGCUAGAUUAAUCAGUUUUAUUUUUUAAGUUUUACAGCUAGCUCUAGAACUUGUAAAUUUUGUUCUUCUGUAUAAUAUUAUGUGCUACCUUACUUUUAUUUACUAUAUUAUACCAUUACUGACUUGGAACUUAAAUGACAAUGAGCAUCAUCAGUGUUAAAGUUAUAAAUAAAUUGAAAUAGAGUUAACUUCAUCAUUAUUUUACUUCCUACUAGUUAUUUUUUUAGGGCAAAGCCCUCAAAUGUUUUUAAUUAAUGUAAUAGGUAUACUUAAGAAAAAGUAAAAUAAAGUUAAAAGCGGUA